UGCUGUUGGCCUGCUCGUGGAGACAAGGCCGUGUUGACUUUCCGUGUGUGACUGGGUGCAUCCGUAGCUUCUUGUUGAUAGCCAAGAAAGUUGUUGACACUUCUGUGUAAGAAUCAUGGGUAAUGCAGACUCAAAGGCCAGUUUUCGCCAGGCUUUGAUGCAGUUAACAUCCAAGGCUCAGCCGGUGGACCCUUCCGAUGACCGGUUCUGGGACCAGUUCUGGUCCGAGUCGGUGACGUCGGUGGAGGAUGUAUUCGCCCAGACGCCGCCGGCCGACAUCCGCGCGUUGCGUGAGGAGAUGCCCUCCAACAUGGCCACUGUCUGCUUCAAGGCCGUCGAGAAGCUGCUCAAAGCCUCCGAGACGGGCUGCUCCACGCAGCAGGAACAGCACACAGUGCUCAACUGCGUGCGCGUGCUCACCCGGCUGCUGCCGUACAUCUUCGAGGACUCGGACUGGAGCGGCUUCUUCUGGAGCAGCGCGCGGCCGGCCGAGCCGGAGGGCGUGGCCGACGCGCCGCCGCUGGCGCAGACGCUGACGGUGGCGCUCUGCGACCUGCUCUUCUGCCCCGACUUCACAGUCACGCCUAGUCGCACCGGCGCCGGCCCGGACCAGCACGAGGACGUGCAGUCGAUCGACAGCUGCGAGUACAUCUGGGAGGCCGGCGUCGGCUUCUCCAGCACCGUCACCCACAACUCCAGCCACGACGCCAACCGCACCGAGAUCCUCAAGCUGCUGCUCACGUGCUUCUCGCAGACCAUGUACCUGCCCCCCACCGACGCCGGCCAGGCGGGGCCCAACCGGUGGGUGCGCUUCUUCACGUCGUCGGAGAACCGACACGCGCUGCCGCUCUUCACCUCGCUGCUGAAUCUCGUCUGCGCCUACGACCCCGUCGGGAUCGGGCUACCCUACAACCACCUGCUGUUUAACGACAAGCGCGAGGCGCUGAUGGAGACGGCCCUGCAGAUCCUGAUCGUCACGCUCGAUCACGACUCGGCCGCCGGCCGCGCCGACGACGAGGGCUCUCCAGACAACCUCUUCAUCAACUACCUGUCCAGGAUCCACCGCGAGGAGGACUUCGACUUCAUCCUGAAGGGCUUCACCCGGCUGCUGAACAACCCGCUGACGCAGACCUACCUGCCGCACUCCACCAAGAAGGUGCACGCCCACCAGGAGCUGCUCGUGUUCUUCUGGAAGUGCUGCGACUACAACAAGAAGCUGCUGUUCUUCGUGCUGAAGUCGAGCGAGGUGCUGCAGGUGACGGUGCCGAUCCUGUACCAUCUGAACGAGUGCCGCGCCGACCCGGCGCGCGUCGGCCUCAUGCACAUCGGCGUCUUCAUCCUGCUGCUGCUCAGCGGCGAGCGCAACUUCGGCGUCAGGCUCAACAAGCCGUACACGGCCGCCGUCGCCAUGGACGUGCCGGUCUUCUCCGGCACCCAUGGCGACCUGUUGAUCAUCGUGUUCCACAAGAUCAUCACCACCGGCCACCAGAGGCUGCAGCCGCUGUUUGACUGCCUGCUCACCAUCCUGGUUAACGUAUCGCCGUACUUGAAGACGCUGUCCAUGGUGUCGGCCACCAAGCUGCUGCACCUGCUGGAGGCCUUCACCACGCCCUGGUUCCUGUUCUCGGCGCCCAACAACCACCACCUGGUCUUCUUCCUGCUGGAGAUCUUCAACAACAUCAUCCAGUACCAAUUCGACGGUAACUCCAACCUGGUGUACACCAUCAUCAGGAAGCGGCAGGUGUUCCACGCGCUGGCCAACCUGCCGACCGACCACGGCGCCAUCGACAAGUCCCUGAGCAAGCGGUCCAAGAGCGAGCCGUCGCGGCAGGCGUCGCUGGACGGCUCGCGCGCGCCGCCCGCAGACGGGCUGCUGCCAGACCCGACGCUGCUCAAAGCCACGCUGGCCGCCACGCCGCGCAUCGACUCGAUGACGGAGAAGGAGUCGGCGCACCCGCAGCCGGCUAACCUGGCUGAGCUGACCCUGAGCGAGCCGGCGGCCGUCUCGCGGCCGCAGGAGGGCGCCAGCGACGCGCCGGCCGAGUGGGUGAACUCGUGGAAGAACAAGCUGCCGCUGCAGACCAUCAUGCGCCUGCUGCAGGUGCUGGUGCCCCAGGUGGAGAAGAUCUGCAUCGACAAGGGCCUGACCGACGAGAGCGAGAUCCUGAAGUUCCUGCAGCACGGCACGCUGGUGGGCCUGCUGCCCGUGCCGCACCCGAUCCUCAUCAGGAAGUACCAGGCCAACUCGGGCACGACGCUCUGGUUCCGCACGUACAUGUGGGGCGUGAUCUACCUCAGGUGA